AUGGCGUUCACGACACUUUCUUUUACAAUUGCCGUCCUAAAUCUGAUCGGUAGUCUUUCGUCGUUCCUUGGGUCUGGAUUUAUCGUAGUAACUUAUUUGCUAUUACCAAUCAAACGACAUUUCAGACAUUCUUUGAUUUUGAAUUUAGCUAUUGCAGAUUUCAUAAACAGUUCGAACAACUCCACAUCUGGUCUCUGGCGUCUUAUCAACCGCCGCGAAAUCCCAGACAGCCCUGGCUGCGUCGCCAACGGGUUCCUCGGUCAGCUCUCCGUUCAAGCAACAGACACCUCCAUCCUCGCCAUUGCCAUCGUCACAGUUUGGUCCCUCACCCGCAAAACCACAAUUUGUGAAACCCUUCCAAGGACAACAACAGCUCUAAUCUGCGCUGCAACAUGGAUACUCCCCAUGACCACCUCCUUCAUCACCCUAGGUAUGAACCGUUAUGGACCAGUUUCUGGAAACUGGUGCUGGAUUAAAGCCGAGCCAUCGUAUUUUCGAUAUGUGAUGACACAUGGCUGGCGGUUUGCUUUCAUCUUCUGUGAGAUUGUUAUGUAUACAUAUCUACACUUCUAUAUUCGAAAGCGAUUUGGUGCGUUUUUGGAUGCGAGUCGGUGUAGUUCUCAUACCGGUCGAUCGACGGUUCGCGAUGUGGGUACGGAAUUUAGAAACGAUUCUAUGGCCAUCAGGUUGGAUUCUGUCGCUGCUAGAAAUGAUUCUUUAGCUCCAGCCGAGGGGCCACAACGAUCGGAUUCUCAAAUGCCAUUCAGCAUCGCCGACGAAGGUGAUAUCAGACCCGUUGGAGCCCGAGGACAAGAUUUAGAAUCCGGCGAGGCAUAUGUCCGAACCGAAGUCUGGAUUUCCGAAACAUACGACGAUAAGACACUACCGGCACACGCAGUCACAACUACUAUCUCCAGCGCAAACAAUAGCCUUGACCGACCAGCUACAGAUCUAAGACCCGAAACUGCAAAUACCAUCGAAAGCCGUCGACCAAAAUUCAGUAAUCCAUUCGCACAUCGUCGAGCUGAUGAAGAUGAUCAUCUUGCGGACGUGGACGUCCAUGACGAAAAUGAGCGGAAGAUCAGACAACAAAACGCUUCGCGGUCGAGAAGAGUUAGGAGGAUUUUACUUCUCAAUGCAUAUCCGGCGAUGUACAUUCUCCUGUGGAUUCCUGGCAUCAUAAACCGUUUGAUUGAAGCCUCUGGUGGAAAGAGCUCGGUAAUGCAAAUUAUGCAAGCGAGCACACAGUUCGUGGGGUUGGCCAAUGCAAUCACAUACGGCUGGAACGAAAGAGUCUGGAGACAACUAAAAGACCACAUCGCUGAUCGAUGGGGCAGCGAUAGGAAGAGAAGUGUAGAGGAGCUUGCCGUGCAAAAGGUUGAGCUUGAGAAUAGAUUAAGGGUCGGGUUGAAGGGUAGCAAAGAGCGUCUCAGAGAAAUCCGAGAUGGAUUGAGGAGCCCGAACAAGAGGGACGACGACGAACUACCCCUUGACAACCACGGCCAGUUGAUGUAUAUCAAUGGUGCGUGGCAGUGGAGCCAGACUGCGAGCAUAAACUCUCAAGAUGGAGACGCAGAUGACCGUGAGGCUUCAAGAGACCCAGAACCGAGAAGAGAGUGA